CUGCGUCAUACAUCACCACCACCCCAGCCUAUAGCACGAAAAGCAACGUCGGCUGCGCGUCUGCCGCCAUGCAUGCGCCCUCAAGAACGUGUAGCUACGGCGCUCGUCACGCCGCUUGCGGCGGAAUGCUCGCGUGUGGUCGCGCGGGACCCUGGAUGCGCUUCCCGGGACCACGCUGCCAUUGGAAAGGCGCUUUUCCGCAAUCGAGUGUAUGUCUGGACGCGUUGCGGGAUCGUGCGAAAUGGUAGCGGACUAGGUGCCACCGAGCGGGGUCCUUUAUAUACCUGCUCUGGUGCGUCGUUUGCGUUUCUGGACGAGGCAUCUCUCUGUUGUGGCAUGGCAGUCAUGUGGCUCUCGUGCGCAUGUUUGUGUGUUUUGUUUGCGGCCGGCUCUGCCCGGCUGGUGACCGUGCCGUCGACACCGUUCAGGGAGACAUAUGGGAGCUUGUCGCUUUCGAGCCUCCGCAGUAUUACGGUCGACUCUCACUAUGCCAACGCUACCAAUAAAGAGGGAGAGACACUCAUUCCGCCUACCUUGCACCAGUUCGCGCGGACGUUUGCCGAUGACCUAGGCUCGUCUUGCGGUGUGAAUCUCUCGAUUGUUCAGUCAUCGAAGCCAGCAAAUGGGUCCAUAUUCCUCACGCUAGAUCACGAGACCGAGUUCCUCGAUGCGGCCGGCCGGCCCACGUCCGAGGGGUACUCCAUCUCAAUCAGCACGAACGGCGUCGUGGUCGCGGGCGCCAGUCCGCUGGGCGCGUGGUGGGGAACGCGGACGCUCAUCCAAGCAGCCGUGCUCCAGAACAACACGCUCGCGGCGGGGACAGCCAUCGACGCGCCCGGCUGGGGCACGCGCGGCAUCAUGCUCGACGCCGGGCGGCACUACUACCCGCCCGGGUUCCUGGUCGAGAUGUGUUCGUACCUCAGCUUCUUCAAGCAGAACACGUUUCACGUGCACCUGAGCGACAACACGGGCAGCGUGCACCUGGACGACUACGGCUACGAGAUGGGCCUGUAUGCGGCGCUGCGACUGGACUCGGACGCGCCGGCCGUGGCGGGCCUGAACAGGCGGCGCAACGAGUCGUACACGCGCGCCGUCUUCGACGACGUCCAGACGCAGUGCGCUCGGCGCGGCGUCACUGUCGUGCCUGAGAUCGAGGCCCCAGGGCACGCGCUCGUCAUCUCGCAGUGGAAGCCCGAGCUGGCGCUCGCGUCCGACUACAGCAUGCUCAAUAUCAGCCACCCGGAGACGGUGCCGACGGUGAAGGCGAUCUGGAAGACGUUUCUGCCGUGGUUCCACUGCAAGACCGUCCACAUUGGCGCCGACGAGUACGACGACGAGCUCGUCGCGCAGUACAACGACUUCGUGAACGAACUGAGCGCUUUCAUUGCCAGCGAAUCGGGCAAGCACACGCGCAUAUGGGGCACCUUUCCCCCGUCGGCCAAGUACACCAACAACGUGCACCGCAACAUCUCGAUCCAGCACUGGGCGUUUACGGAAGACAACCCGUACCACGAGUACAUCGCACGUAACUACAGCGUCCUCAACUCCGACGACGCCUUCUACAUCGUGGCCAAAUACAGCCGCAGCUACCCGCAAACGCUGAACAAGACGCGCAUCUUCCACGGCGACCCCAGCGGUGGCGCAUUCGCGCCGCACAUCUUCGACACCAAGAACGCAAGCAACAACGCCCCGCGCGCCCACCCCGCCCUCCUCGGCCACGUCGCCCCGCUCUGGAACGACUUCGGACCCAACGCCACCGUCUACUCGGAAGCGUACUACGCGUGGCGCGACCUGCUGCCCGCGCUCGCAGACAAGCAGUGGGGCGGCGACGUCGCGGAAGCAGAGUACGACGGCGCGUUCGCGCGGCUGCACGCGGCUGUUCCCGCGCAGAAUCUCGACCGCGCGGUCACGAGCCGGGGAAGGACGAUUCUGCGCUACGACUUUGGCGGCAGUGAUAGCGACGGCGUGGCCGAGGCUGCGGACGGCGGCGGUAGUGUGGUCGCUGUCGCGGACACGUCGGGCAAUGGCUAUGAUGGCGUGGUGCAUGGCUGCGCGGUGAGCGGCGGCGCUGUGCGCUUCGAUGGGUCCUGCAAUGUCGCGACGCCGCUGCGCAGCAAAGGGCGCGGGUACCGGCUGGCGGUCUCGGUGCGCGUGGACUCUGUGCCCGCAGAGGACUCAGCCGCAGUGCCCGGUAGUAGUGGCGGCGGCGCGCUCCUCAGCGGCGCGGACUCGGCGCUGCUGCUGCAGCCGCGGGCGCGGAACGGGGUCGGCGUGGCGCCCGUGCUCGUGGCGAGCGGGUUCGGCGUUGGGGUCGAGUAUGCGCUGCCUGUGGGGGAGUGGGUGGAUUUGGCCGUGGUGGGGGAGGCGGGGAGGACGUUUUUGGAUGUUAGGGAGGGUGGGAAGGAAGAGGGGAGGGUGGAAAAGGAAGUGGGGGAAGAGGGGAGGGUGGGCGUGGAAGAAGAGGUGUGGGCGGGCGAAGAGGAAGAUGGGAAUGUGGGCGUGGAGGAAGAAAAAGGUGAGUGGAAGAGGUACGAGUUCAGAGUCAGCAUGGGGAUAAUGGGGCAAGAGAUUGUGGAGGGGCCGGUGGCGAUUGAGGCGCCUGUGGGGAGGAUAGGGGGGGAGGGGUUCGUGGGCGCUGUGAGGGGGGCGGUGCUUCUGGAGGGAGAGGGGGGUGAGGAUGGGGGAUAUUGAGGUGGUGCGUGUGUGUGUGUGGAGAGAGUGAGGCGUAGGCAUCAGAGCGACAUGAGCUCCACACUUACCUCUCCACGCUCCAAUCAAAGCCAAACAUCAAGCCCAACUCUAAGUCCAUGCCACAAGUUUUACACAUUGCACACAGUUAGUUUUGUUUUCCCGCAAGC